CGGGGAUAGAACGCCUGUAAGACAGUGGGCCCCUGGCUCCAGCCUCCACCUACGCCUAUCUAAUUACAUCCAAUUAUAUUUGAAUAAACAUCGAAUCAUCAUCAUCAUCAUCAUCAUCGAGGUGUUCACUUUCAAUGCCGUCACCUCCCAUAACUUGACUUGAUCAAUGACUCGAUCUUCGCCGCCGCCGGCGCUGCAUUAGCUAAUAGCUCAUAUUCCCCCUUUCUAACAUCUAUCAUAGCGUAAUGAAUGAGCUACGUCUGCCAGUUAAAGAGCUGAUACCUACCUCCUACUCAUGGCUUCCUCGUCUACCCCCACCUUGAAUGGUGAUGGCGACAACGAUGGCGAAAGCGACUACGGGUCUGAUUUUUCUAUAGGGGAGGAAAGUAUUGUAAAUAAGCUUCUCGAAGAUAUUGGAAAUAAUACUUCAAUUCUCAGCAGCCUUACGACUACCGCUCCCAAUUAUAGGCAAUUUGUCUCAUCCAUUGCCUCACCCACAGAUACUAUCGCUACCAGUACGAGUAGCUGGUCUACCCCAUCCGCGUCGCUCCGACUGGACAAUAAGCACCAUGCAUCGGACUUGUACGCUCUGUCCGAGAAUGUCCCAUCCGCUAAGGUUCAGGAACCCGGGGCUGGUCAGAAACUUCCCAACUAUAUCCCGUAUGUGACACCGUCUUUGCCAUUAGGUAGCAUUCAGUACCCAAAUCUUAAUCGCAUACUAUCAGACCCAGGACCCGAUAUACCACCCAAGCCAGAACCUACACAGCGCCCGACAGACUCUCGCUCGCCCCUGCAGCGUUUUCGUUCCUUUCCUAAAAAGCCACUCACGGUCUCCGACUUGUCUUCCGGUGCAUGGUGCGAGCUACAGUAUUGGUACACGCUCACACUACUACCUGGAGGGAGGAAAAGGAGAACGGCGGCGAUGCGGGGUGGCACUCGUGUGCAUCAAACCUUGGAGGAUCAAGUACACACCACCGUCGAAGUCAACAUUACAACUAAAGAAGAAGCCUUUGCGCUGCGAAUAUGGAACAUCAUCCAGGGCCUCCGCACCCUCCGAGAAACUGGCAUGACUAGAGAACUUGAAGUGUGGGGAAUUAUCGAGGGCCAAGUCGUAAAUGGUAUCAUAGACGAAGUGAGCCAUGAGAGUCCCAAUGCAGCUUUUGAGCAGGAGCUCAGCCAAUCAGACUUAUCCAAGGGCUUCACAACAGGCGUUUCGAGUCAACAGGCAUCCAUAGUAGACUUUUCGCAACGGCCUCUAAAAAAGAUUUACUUGACUGACGUCAAAACAAGAGGUUCAGAUAGACUGCCCACCGGCGCCGCGCUGAGGCCAGCUAGGGUCCAGUUGUUUUUGUAUCAUCGGCUAUUAGGCGAAAUGGCUUCUGGCGUGGUCGAUUUUACUGUUAUUUUGGAUCGAUACGGCCUCAUAGCCGAUGCUUUAUUUUCUGACGCUUUCAUGGCUCAGGUAGGCGACUUACAUGACGAGAUAUUUUACGACGCAGACUCGGAUGUGGAGGGUACUUCCUCACCUCGUUCUACGCGCAGUGUAUGUGACAGCGAUCGGCCUGACUCGUCUUCCAAUAGACUUCCUCAGGAUCUGAUAAAAUAUCGGUCUAUCUCGCAGAUACUCCCGUUGUUGCGGUCCGAAUUGCGCGAAACCUUCCCUCACGGCGCCGCUACACUCGGUGAGCUCCUCGCUGUCCAGUAUCGUCAUAGGGACGGUGGCCGGAUCCUUGGGAACAAUUCGUUUCCUAAUGAUCCCGAGGCUUUAGAGAAUUAUAUUAGAGAAAACCUCAAGUGGUGGCGAGGCGAGAGGGAUCCCGAAGGCGUUUCUAUAGAAGAGACUUAUAAGUGUAGGUCGUGUGAAUUUGCGGAGAGAUGUCAAUGGCGAAAGGAUAAGGAAGCCGAAUUUUUACGGAAGAAAAGGAGCGUCACAAGCAUUAGAACCUAACCUAGUAACUUGUCCUUUUCAUGUCGGCUUAGCUUAGACUUGUGAAUCAGCUAAGUGUUUAGGAUCUAGAAUUCUAAGCAUAUCUAUAUAUUGCGACCGCCUUUAUAGCUCUCUUUUCCAGUAAAUUAAAGCUUAUAUUAAUGGGUUCGAUGGAUAUCACAAGAGUCUACAUUGAGAAUCAUUGGUCUUCUUCAA